UGUUUAUUAUAAAUGAACUAGAUACAAAUAAUUGCUUCUGCACUAAAUACUCGUCUACUGAUUAUAUAUUAAUUUAGAAAAGAAAAAUAAUGUCAAUUUGAACAUAAAACAAUAAAAUUAUAUAUAGAAGUGUACCUAAAGUCAAAAGCAAAACGAAUAUUUAAAAAAAUAAAAUGAACUUUUUAUCGAAAUUUUCAAUACUUUUCUUGUUGUAUUCAACAAUAGGAAGUGGUGUAAGUGGAUAUAAGAUUUUAGGCGUAUUUCCUGUAGCCAUAAAGAGUCAUGGAAUUUUUUGUCAAUCAGUAACGAGAGCAUUGGCAAAACAUGGACAUCACGUGGACGUCAUUGUUAUUAAUGAACUGGAAAAUCCACCGGAAAAUUAUACAGUUAUUUAUAAUAUGUUGGAAAUUGUACCAUACAUUAUAACUGACGUGACAUUUGAAUCCUUAGCAACUACGAGUUCAGUUGAAUUUAUAUCUAACGAGGUGGGAAAUUCCGUUUGUGAGUUACUUGCCAACCAAAAAGUGCAAGACAUCAUCAAAAAAUUGAAAAUGAAAGCUGAUUACGAUCUUUUAAUUACUGAGGCCUUUGGAAUGAAUUGCUUUAUGGGUUUGGCGCAACUUCUAAAUAUUCCAUUAGUAACUCUGUCGGCUCAAAAUUUGUAUCCCUGGGUGGAAGAUGCAAUCGGAUAUCCAUCACCAACUGCAACUCAUCCAAUUACUCUUUCUUCUUUAUUAGAAAUUAAUUCUUUCUGGGAUCGUUUGCGAAAUACCAUAGAAAAGCUCACGGGGCAAUAUGAACUUUAUUACAACACGGAGAAAAUACAAACGGAACUUAUAAGGAAACAUAUAAGUCGAGAUUUACCGACUGUUAGCGAAUUGUUAGAAAAUUCGGUUUUGACACUUAGUAACACUCACUUCAGUUUUAAUGGAAUUAAAAACACAAUUCCAGCUUUAGUGGAAGUCGGAGGACUACACAUUUUACAAGAAGAAACCAUGCUGAUCCCUGAAAUGCAAAAAUGGAUGGACGAGAGUAAUCACGGAGUCAUCUACUUUUCACUUGGAACAAUAUUCCGCAUCGACUCGUUGCCAAAUGAAACAAUUCAUGCUUUUUAUUCAGUCAUGAGAAAACUGCAACCUAUUAGAUUUUUAGUUCGAGUCAAAUAUGAAGAUAAUCUUCCCCCUGGAAUUCCAGAAAAUGUUAAAACUCUUCCCUGGAUACCACAAAUUCCAGUUUUAAGACACAAAAAUACCAAAGUUUUUAUAACACACUGUGGUCUUUUGAGUUCAUUCGAGACUAUAUAUUUCGGUGUUCCUGUUAUCGGAAUUCCAAUAGCUGCCGAUCAGUUUAGAAAUUUGGAUACACUGGUGAAAAAAAAUAUGGGAAUGAAAUUAGAUCUGAAUAACAUUACGGAGACAAUUCUCUUUAAUGUAUUGACAGAAAUAUUAAAUAAUUCAUCAUACAAAAAUGCUGCAAAAAUAGCUUCUAAAAUUUUCAAAGAUCGUCCGACGGAUCCAGAGGAGACGACAAUUUACUGGAUCGAAUAUGUCCUGAGAAAUGGAGGAAUUUUGAGAUCUCCAGCUAUAAAUUUGCACUGGAUACAAAAAGAACUUUUAGAUGUUUAUGGAUUUUUAAUAUUUUUACUUAUUUCUUUUUUAUAUAUUGUGAUGAAAAUUAUUCAAAUAGUUGUCAAUUGUAAACUUAAAAACAAAUCUAAAAAAGUGAAAAAGAAAAAUAAUUAAAUAUAAAAUAAUUUCUUCUCUUAAUUUAACUAUUAUGUUUCAAAUAAAGAUCCGAAAAUAACCCCUCUUUCACUUAUUUUAGAACUAAUUUACGUAAUUAUUGUUCCGUUUUAAUUAUUAUUGUUGUAAUUGUCAGUUCCGUACGUAUCUUUAAGAAAUAGAGCAACUUUUAAAGUACCUUUCAGUCGCACAAAUUUGGGAAGCAACUCACCCCUUACUCGGCUUUGUCAAGAGGCUAAUCAUGCUUAAAGUGUAGACUUUUUUAACGUUUCUAAAAGUCGAUUUACGCAGGAGCUUUUUAAACACUUAAAUAGCAAAACUUGACUAACUUUGUUAAAUUUUCAUCCACGUUUUUGUUAUUGAUUGAGUAAUAUUUACAGCGCUACUUUUGUAAUGAAUAUAUGUUUCUUUUUUUCCUUUUCUCUAUGAAGGGUAUGAUUUUGUAA